UGUAUGUGUGUGUGCCGGCGUCUGUGCUUGAAGCUUGAAGGAGCAGCGGCUUCAUGAGUGAGAGCCACACGGAGCUUCAGUCCUCCAGUUAGCGGUGAUCACUGACACCUACAAGCCGAGAGAUGUGUAGUUUAAGCGGGCUGUGGAUGGCCCUGGCCGUCGCGCUGCUACCCGGCCCCUCCGGAGCCCUGAAGGAGGGAGACUGUGAAGUGUGUGUGAGCUUCCUCGACAAGUUUCAUCAGUCUCUAAAGGAGAACAACGUGAAGUUCACCAGCGCAGACAUCGAGAAGGCCAUCGUCAAAACCUGCAAAGACGCCAAAGGCAAAGAAAACCGCUUUUGUUACUACAUCGGGGCGACGAGCGACGCCGCCACUAAGAUCAUCAACGAGGUGUCGAAGCCGCUCAGUUAUCACGUUCCUGUCGACAAAAUCUGUGAGAAGCUGAAGAAGAAGGACGGACAGAUCUGUGAGCUCAAAUACGACAAACAGCUGGACCUGACCACGGUGGACCUGAAGAAGCUGAAAGUGAAGGACCUGAAGAAGAUCCUGGAGGAGUGGGGCGAGUCCUGCAAAGGCUGCGCCGAGAAGUCCGACUUCAUCCGCAAAAUCACGGAGCUCAUGCCCAAGUACGCGCCGGCGGCCGCCAAAGCACGGACAGACCUCUAAAAACAAAACCACAACUUUGGACUCGACUUGGACCAGAAUGCAUUUUUGGAGAGGAGGAGGAGGAGGAGGAGGAGGAGGAGGAGGAGGAGGAGGACGUGUUUGUCUCGGUCUAUUUGGGUUUUUUUUUUUUUUUUUUUUGGGGAGGGGAGGGGAGGGAGGUCAUAAUCCAACACAGAUUCAGAAGUGUAGAUAUUAGUUUAACACCCACAUGAGGAAGAGGAGGAGGAAGAGGAGGAAACAGUGAAGGGAGGCAGCCAAAAAAAAAAAAAGAAAAAGGGGCAUUUCAUCAUUAAUGUUUAACUUUAACAGUUUUUCCACAUGAAGCCCUUUUCAGACAUGGACUAUGUAACUCUUAAAGCUUCAGUCACUGUUCA